GAUGCUACAGAGAGUGAUCACCAGAAAACCUAUUCAGAUCUUUAAAAGGAGCACAUCAGUAACAAGGAUAGCACUCUCCACCGGUAAAAAUCCAGAAGUGAUAAGAAGACACAGCAAAGAAGAAUCUCUUGGAAAAGAUGGUCCUGGAAACUCUGAAUCCGAUGCACUUCAACAUCACCAGCCUUGUACAAGAUACGAUGCCAGUGGCCACAGUGCCCAUACUCCUUCUCAUGUGCUUUCUGUUUCUAGUAUGGAAUCAUGAAGAAACUUCAUCAGUACCAGGGCCAGGAUACUGCAUGGGGAUCGGCCCCCUCAUUUCUCACGGGAGGUUUCUCUGGAUGGGAGUGGGUAAUGCCUGCAACUACUACAAUAAGAUGUAUGGAGACUUCGUGAGAGUUUGGAUCAGCGGUGAAGAAACAUUUAUAAUUAGCAAAUCCUCAAGUGUGUUCCAUGUAAUGAAACACUGGCAUUAUGUGUCUCGAUUUGGGAGCAAGCUUGGAUUGCAGUGCAUUGGCAUGUAUGAAAAUGGGAUCAUAUUUAAUAACAACCCAGCACACUGGAAGGAAAUUCGACCCUUUUUCACCAAAGCUCUGUCUGGUCCUGGUCUGGUUCGUAUGAUAGCAAUUUGUGUGGAGUCAACAGUGGAUCACCUGGACAAACUAGAGGAAGUGACAACUGAACUGGGAAACAUCAACGUGCUGAAUCUCAUGAGGCGGAUCAUGCUUGACACAUCCAACAAGCUUUUUCUUGGGAUCCCUUUGGAUGAAAAUGCCAUUGUACUCAAGAUUCAAAACUACUUUGAUGCUUGGCAAGCACUUUUAUUAAAGCCUGACAUAUUUUUUAAGAUUUCUUGGCUGUGCAAGAAAUAUGAAGAUGCAGUAAAGGAUCUUAAAGGGGCAAUGGAAACCUUAAUAGAGCAGAAAAGACAACAGCUUUCCACUGUUGAAAAGUUGGAUGAACACAUGGAUUUUGCAUCCCAGUUGAUUUUUGCACAGAACAGAGGGGAUCUGACUGCUGAGAAUGUGAACCAGUGUGUGCUGGAGAUGAUGAUUGCUGCUCCUGAUACUCUGUCUGUGACUCUCUUCUUUAUGCUAAUACUGAUUGCAGAGCACCCCACAGUGGAAGAGGAGAUGAUGAGAGAAAUUGAAACUGUUGUGGGGGACAGAGACAUACAAAGUGAAGAUAUGCCAAACUUAAAAAUCGUGGAGAACUUUAUUUAUGAGAGCAUGAGAUACCAGCCCGUUGUGGACUUGAUCAUGAGGAAAGCUUUACAAGAUGAUGUAAUUGAUGGCUACCCUGUGAAAAAGGGGACAAAUAUUAUCCUCAAUAUCGGUCGCAUGCAUAAGCUUGAAUUCUUCCCAAAGCCAAAUGAGUUUUCUCUUGAAAAUUUUGAGAAAAAUGUCCCUUCACGCUAUUUCCAACCGUUUGGAUUCGGCCCCCGGAGCUGUGUAGGGAAGUUCAUUGCCAUGGUAAUGAUGAAAGCGAUUCUGGUGACUCUUCUGAGGAGGUGCAGAGUACAGACAAUGAAAGGAAGAGGCCUUAACAACAUCCAGAAAAACAAUGACUUAUCCAUGCACCCCAUAGAAAGGCAGCCUCUGCUGGAGAUGGUUUUCACACCAAGAAGAAACAAAAACGAGAAUCAGGGUGACUAAAAUGGAUCAGCCAUAGAGUUAUCACAGGGCUUUCUCAGCCACAGCCACUAAGAAACACUCAUCACUCCCAGUUAAAUAUUUAGAGUAAAAUGUUUUGGUUUUAAAACCCAGUGUCCUGCUGCAGAACACCUGAAACUUCUUAGUAAGACCAGCUGAGAAUGAGGUAAUGAAUAUGAAACGUUAACAUGAGUGUUACAUGGAGGGUAACACACAGCCCCACCUCCUCAUCUGGUCAGUUGUAGAAAUUUUCCACCUCUCUUCAGUUUGGUAAAAAGGAAUUUAAACUCUCUCUCAGCUAGGUUCUACCAAAUCCUUUUUGCCCAGGUUUUAAUUGCUUAAUUCUAUUUCAGACAGUAAGAUUUGGAGUUGUUGACCACGUUCCCACAUCACGAGGGAGUGUCCCUCCCUAAUUACCCAAAUUAGCCUCUGUUUCUUUCUCCUGUAACAGCACUGGGCUCUAUCCUGCUUUCAAGAAUCUUGCUUUGUUCCCACUGAUCUAGAGAGACUCAGCAGCACAAGAAAAAAAACCUGUCUAAAGAGGCAAAUUUCACUG